AUGUCCCAGUCUGGCCCCUCGUCGCCUCCCGGGCGCCGUUCCUCGGCGUCGCGCUCGCACUCGCACUCGCACUUCCGCUUCCUGCUCCUCUCUCUCGUCUUCCAUCUGGUCUACAUCUCCGCCGUCUUCGACAUCUACUUCACCUCGCCCGUUGUGCACCCGCAGCCCCGCUUCUCGAUCCCAGACACCUUCCCCUUUGGCCAGCCCGCCGUCUCAAACCGCACACUCGCACAGUUCGACCCACCGGCAGAACGCCUCGUCCUCGUCGUAGGCGAUGGGCUCCGCGCCGACAUCCUCUUCAAACACCACCCCGCACCAGACCUCCCCGCUUGGGCCACAGCCGACCUCGCCACCAGCUCCCGUACCCGGUCCCUCGAACAGGUCUGGCACGACUUUGAUGCAGACCCGCUCGACACGCACCAUCCCUACACUCGCGCCCUGUCCAGCGACAAGACAUCGCUCCCUUCCGGCACCGCGCCUGCUCUUCCUGCCGACCUGCAGGCCCAGCCCGUCUCUGCCGCACCCUUUCUGCGUUCCGUCGCACUCCAUCGCGGCGUAUGGGGCCUCAGCCACACCAGAGUCCCCACAGAGAGCCGUCCCGGUCACGUCGCCAUGAUCGCUGGCAUGUAUGAGGAUGUCAGCGCCGUCACCAAGGGCUGGAAGCUUAACCCCAUCGCCUUUGACUCGCUCCUCAACCAGUCCAGCCACUCGUUUGCCUUUGGCUCUCCCGACAUCGUCCCCAUGUUCGCCGUCGGUGCGGCCGCCGACCGCGUCGACAUGUGGACCUACGACGAGGACCAGGAGGACUUUACCAAGGAUGCCACCGCCCUCGACCUGUGGGUCCUCGACCAGGUCAAGCUUCUCUUCGACCGCGCCCGACGCGACCCCGAGCUGGACGCCCGCAUGCGCAGAAAGGGCACCGUCUUCUUCCUCCACCUCCUCGGCCUCGACAGCACCGGCCACACCUACCGCCCCAUGUCGCCCGAGUACAUCGGCAACACGAUCGUCGUCGAUGCCCUCGUGCGCGAGAUCGAACGCCUCUUUGACGACUUCUACCGCUCCGACGGCAAGACGGCCUUUGUCUUCUCCGCCGACCACGGGAUGAGCACCAAGGGCAACCACGGCGACGGCGAUCCGGACAACACGCGGACCCCCAUCCUCGCCUGGGGCGCCGGCAUCCGCGGGCCCCUGCCCGCCUCGCGCGAGGAAGCCGAGCGCCGCACAGCCGAAGCCGAGCGCGACGCCUACUUCCAGGGCUGGCAACUCGACGGCGUGGCUCGCGUCGACGUCGACCAGGCGGAUAUCACGCCGCUGAUGGCCGCCCUCAUCGGCGUACCGACGCCGGCCAACUCCGAGGGCCGGUUGCGGCCCGACCUCCUCGACCUCUCUGAAGAGCACAAGGCUCGUGCGCUGCUGGCCAAUGCGAUGCAGGUGCUCGAAACGUACCGCGUCAAGCACGAGGAUCGCCAGCGGAGGAUGCUCCGCUACGUCCCCUUUCCGGGGCUCGCAUCUCAGCCGGUCCGGGAAGGAGACGUAGCGAGGGUGGUCCCGCCCGGCAAGGUCCAGGUCGGCAUCAUCCUCGCGCUGAUCGGGACCAAGGGGUACGAUGCCGCCAUCGCGCAGAGCGAGGACCUGAUCCGCCUGGCGCUCGAGGGCAGCCGAUACCUGCAGACGUACGAUUGGCUCUUCCUGUGCGCCAUUGUGUCGGCCGGCUACGUCGGCUCGAUCCUCUACGGCCUGGCCUACCUUCUCCGCGCGUUUGUCCUUUCAGACGCCCAGCUCGCUGCCCUGCCUCGAGCCGCGGGUACCUUGACCGGAGGCAUGGGCAAGGCCGUUGCCGCGCCCGUGUUUGGCCUCCUGUGCGCCAAGUUCAUCAAGGAAGAGUCCCCGCUCACCUACUACGCCUACUCGGGCCUCGCGUGCUUCCUCUGGGGCCGCGCGAUCGACGAGCGUCGGAUCUUCCUCGAAGCCUUCCGCGGCGCCGAGUCCGGCGGCUCCGGCAGGACCGGCAGCGGCGGCAAGAGCUGGGCAGGCGUGGCAUUGGGCGGCCUCGCGGGCCUGCUGAUGGUCGAGCUGAUGGCGGUCGGAUACCUCUACCGCACGGCGUGGUUUGUCGGCUUCCUCGCCAUCGGUCUCGUCUGGCCGGCGCUGUCGCUCGACGUCGAGUUCAAGGCGCGCAACGAGGCGAUGCUUCUCGUGUGGGGCAUCGCGUGCAUCGCCACUGGCCUCUUUACCAUCUCGGACGUCGACAAGGAGGAGAGCAUCCCGCUGCUCGUCCUGAGCGGCGCCGCUUUCGUCGCCGCAGGCUGGCUUGUCUUGGUCAGGUCCGAGUGGUUCUUUCCGAUGCCGGCGGUGGCGGGGGACCGGCCGAACACGGAGCGAUGGGCGCAGGCCCACCGAGCUCACCUGCAGCGCACGCUCCAGACUCUCAAGGUGCAGCUGGUGGUGCUGGUCCUCACCACGGCCGUCACGGCCAGCUCGGCGCGCUCGCUUCGACUCAAGAAUGGCCUGCCGCUGCCCAAUCAGGUGACCGCCUGGACGAUGCUGGCGUUCUCUCUCACCUUCCCCUUUGUCUACGGCUUCCGCAGACCGGUACGGAUCGCGGCACCGACAACGCCACCUGCAACAACGGAAGCUGGCAGCAAGCACGUAGAGGACGGCGAGGUUGUCGUGCGGCAGCCACCGAACCAGCGGCUGGCGAUUGUCGUGUUUGCGUUCGCGCCCAUCUUUGUGCUGCUGUCGCUGCGCGACGAGGCGCUCUUCUUUGGCUGCUACACGCUGACGCUGCUGGUGUGGGCCAAGAUGGAGGGUGCGGUCAACGAAGACCGGCUGCGGCGGUCCAAAGCGUCGAGGGCGAUCGAUGAACGGCGCCCGCUCGAGCUGGCCGACCUGCGCAUCAGCCUCUUCUACCUCGUCUUUCUCCACGUCGGCUUCUUUGGCACGGGCAACGUGGCGUCGAUCUCGUCAUUCUACCUCUCGCCCGUCUACCGGCUGGUACCCGUCUUCAGCCCGUUUCUGAUGGCGACGCUGCUGCUGGUCAAGAUCCUGGUACCGUUCCUGGUGCUCAACGCCGUCUUCCAGGCGCUCUGCGUCACGCCCGCCAGCCCGCCGCCGCCACGGGCGCAGCGAGGCGGCGCGGUCAACGACGAGGUGCGCCUGGUGGGGGCGGGCGCGUUUGGGGGGUUGGGCCUGCGGGGUGGCCUGCUUGCGCUCGUGUUUGGGGCGUGCAUGGUGACUGACGUGCUGGCGCUCAACUUUCUCUACGCCGUCAAGAGCGAGGGGAGCUGGCUCGAGAUUGGCCAGACGAUAACCCACUUCGUCAUGGCCAACCUGCUGCAGAUCUUUAUGCUGAGCCUGGCAUGGAUCAGCUCGUGUAUCAUGUCGGGUCGUUUGGAUGGGUGA